AGUCUGAUCUAGACCUCUUCCUCACUAACAACCCUCGCGUGGUGUGUGUGACGAAGAAGAAAAAAAAAAGAGGACUAAAAGUUUUCUAAAGCUCCACAAUUGAAAGUUCACGUUAAUUGGUGUGGUGGUAUGUGCCACAGUUUCUCCCUAUGAGGGUAGACUUUAUGAAAAUCCUCUUGAGGAAUUGAGCAAUUUAUGUGACUCACUAGUGCAGAGUUAAUUAAAGGUUUUAGAGGAAGUCGGUCUUUAGCUGCAAAAGUGUUUUCGUCCUUUUGAACAAAAUCCCCCUGAACUUGCAAUCCUUGACUUUUUUUUGCACUAAAGUGUUGAGAAAUUGUGAGAGAUAUAUUUUUUACGAACACUAAAGGACACAUAUUGUGUGUGAUGGUUCCAUAGAAUGAUGACAAUGGGAAAUAUGGUGCAGAUUGUGAUUGUGGUCUGAGGAUUGUAAGGAGAAUAACAGCGAAAAGGGGUGACAUAGUAUACUUCCGAUUUGUGGGUGAGGGUGGUGGUCGUCCAUAGAAUAUCGUUCUCGGGAGCCACCCUGUGCUUAAGGGGUGAUCAACCCAAAUUGGGGAAAAUGGGGUGUGCUCCAGCGGAAUAAGGUCACACACACAUCCCGCUGUCUCUCAUCUCAAUCCCUCUUUGUAUAGGCAACAUUCUUCAACCCUUGUCGUCUUUUGCCUACAAAGUAGCACUCGGCGAAAAAGCCCCCAUACACCCCUUAAUCGCUAUCAGCCACACCAACCACCAAACAACAGAAGCUCUUAGGCGAGGAUACACCGUGUGGCAAAAGUAAUACUCUCUUUUCUCUCUCACCUCUCGAGCGAUGUGGCACCGGGUUUUUCAUGGGAACACCCCUUGUUAGACAUUCCUCAAGAUGUGCUGUCGUUCGAGCUUCUUCCACAUCACAGAGCCAGUCCGACUGAAUUAGUAUUGCCAAGGCCUCGUGCCACGAAAAAGCAAAGGGCGUGAUUGCGAGAAAGGAAAAAGUGUGUCUCAAUGGCUUAAAGUGUCUCGCCCCAUUGAGAAUAAACGCAUUAAUUUAUACAAUAUACGAGUCCCACCAUUUGUGUAUAGCGAAAUAAGCCCUAUAGUGUUGCAAAAAACACCACUCCUACUAAUUACAUAAUCCCCCCCUUGGAAGUGAGUGUGCCCAUCAUGGCAGUUCUUAUGUGAAAAUUGUACACUUUUUUCUCGUACUGUAGAGACACUACGAACUAUAAAGAAAAGUGUGGGAUCACGUAGAAAGUUGAAAGAAGGAAAAACUGAAAAGUGAAGAAUUUAAUAAAAUUCUCGUGGUGGAAAACGAUUGCUAGGGUGGCUUAUUGCUAACAAUGGCUCAAGACCUACCACCCACUGUGACCGUUUUAGUGGCAGAGACACCAUCCGAAGCAUUCAAGCGACAUCAUCCCUCACCACUUGAAUAUUUCUAUCACAGAAAAUUGGGGUGUUGAAAGAUAUAAAAAAAAAAUCACAAAAGCUUUUCCACCGUAAAAAAAAUUGUGCCCAAGACGAGCACAAUGCAAAUUUUAGCCAUCCUCGUGAUUAACCUAAUUGGAAUGGAUGUUAAAGGAAAGGAAAUACGCAUGGGAGACUCGUGAUAAACAUUCAUGCAGCGUAAAUAAAAAAGUAGUUUACAAAAAAAAGAAAGCAAAUUGAAAAUAGGCAGGGAAAAAAAUAAAAAUUAAACAGAAGCUGCAUUAAACGAAUAAAAAAAAUGUGGACUCUCAAAAUUAUAAACCUUUUAAUUCUUCUGAAAUUGGAUGAAGUUCUUCUGCAGAAGGCUCUAUCCGAUGAACAUACCUCAUUUUACAACAUUGGCGGCGUCUUGAGCAGCAAUGACAGUGAAAAACACUUCAAAACAACAAUAGCGCAUCUCAACUUUGAUCAGCAGUACGUUCCACGGGGCCUCACUUACUACGACAAAACGAUACGAAUGGACAAGAAUCCCAUCAAGACGGCUCUUAAUGUUUGCAAACAUCUCAUUUCGCAGAGGGUGUACGCAAUGGUGGUAUCCCAUGAGCAGAGUGGAGAUCUAUCGCCAGCAGCUGUCAGCUACACAAGCGGCUUCUACCAAAUCCCCGUCAUUGGAAUUUCAUCCCGUGACGCAGCGUUCUCUGACAAAAAUAUCCACGUGUCAUUUCUCCGAACUGUACCACCGUACUACCACCAAGCGGACGUGUGGCUGGAAAUGCUGAGUCACUUUGGAUACACAAAGGUUAUCAUCAUUCACAGUUCCGACACGGACGGAAGAGCGAUUCUUGGGCGUUUCCAAACCACAUCGCAGACAAAUUACGAUGACAUUGAUGUCCGGGCCACGGUGGAAUCUAUUGUGGAGUUUGAGCCAAAGUUGGACAGCUUUACGGAGCAUCUUCUGGAAAUGAAAACGGCACAAUCGAGAGUUUAUCUACUGUACGCCAACAAAGACGAUGCUUCUAUAAUUUUUCGGGAUGCAGCUGCACUCAACAUGACCGAAGCUGGUUAUGUGUGGAUUGUCACAGAGCACGCCCUCAAUGCAAACAAUACCCCCUACGGAGUCCUUGGGCUACAAUUGGUUCACGCGCACAGUGAAAAGGAGCACAUUAGAGAUAGCGUGUACGUCCUGGCGUCGGCAAUUAAGGAGAUGCGCCUCAAUGAGACAAUUACGGAGGCACCGAAAGACUGCGAUGAUUCCGGUGCCCUGUGGGAAUCGGGCAAGAGAAUCUUUCACUACCUCAAGACGAGAAAUAUUCGCGGGGACACGGGUCAGGUGGCAUUCGACGACAAUGGCGAUAGAAUCUACGCUGAAUACGAUGUCAUCAACAUUCGGGACCAUCAGAAGAAGAAAACUGUUGGGAGUUUCUACUACGAUGCCGACAAACAGAGGAUGCGUCUUCGCAUCAACGACAGCAGCAUCCUGUGGCCGGGCAAGUUGCGUCGGAAACCCGAAGGUAUCAUCAUACCCACCCACCUGAAAGUCCUCACAAUCGAGGAGAAGCCCUUUGUGUACGUUCGCCGGCUCACAGAGGAGGAAUUCUCAUGUGAAGACGAAGAAAUCCCAUGUCCACACUUCAAUGCAAGCGAUGGCACUGAAAACGAAUUCUGCUGCCGUGGCUACUGCAUUGAUCUCCUGCGUGCACUGGCGCAUCGCAUAAACUUCACCUUUGACCUGUCCCUGUCGCCGGAUGGGCAAUUUGGGCACUACGUGCUACGAAAUGUUAGCACAACGGGGGUGCAAAUGAAAAAGGAAUGGACUGGCCUAAUUGGGGAGGUUGUGAACGAACGAGCGGAUAUGAUUGUUGCUCCGCUAACGAUAAAUCCCGAGAGGGCGGAAUUUAUUGAAUUCUCCAAACCCUUCAAGUAUCAGGGUAUUACGAUUUUGGAGAAGAAACCCUCUCGUUCGAGUACCCUCGUAUCGUUCUUGCAACCCUUCAGUAACACCCUGUGGAUCCUCGUUAUGGUUUCCGUGCACGUGGUUGCCCUUGUCCUCUACCUUCUCGAUCGUUUCUCACCCUUUGGGCGAUUUAGAUUGUCCAACAGCGACGGCACCGAAGAGGAUGCCCUCAAUCUCAGUUCCGCCAUUUGGUUUGCAUGGGGUGUGCUGCUGAACAGUGGCAUCGGUGAGGGUACACCGCGAAGUUUCUCAGCACGUGUUCUGGGAAUGGUUUGGGCUGGUUUCGCUAUGAUCAUCGUAGCAUCGUACACUGCCAAUUUGGCUGCCUUCCUCGUGUUGGAACGCCCCAAAACGAAACUCUCAGGCAUCAAUGAUGCACGUCUGAGGAAUACCAUGGAGAAUCUAACGUGUGCCACCGUUAAGGGUUCUGCAGUUGAUAUGUACUUCCGCCGUCAGGUGGAAUUAUCCAACAUGUACCGCACCAUGGAGGCUAAUAACUAUGCCUCAGCCGAAGCAGCUAUUCAAGAUGUGAAAGAUGGCAAGCUUAUGGCAUUUAUAUGGGAUUCAUCGCGUCUGGAGUAUGAGGCAGCCAAGGAUUGUGAACUCGUUACGGCGGGAGAGCUCUUUGGGCGUAGUGGCUAUGGGAUUGGCCUACAGAAGGGAUCCCCGUGGACGGAUCACGUCACGUUGGCCACGCUCGAAUUCCACGAAAGUGGUUUCAUGGAGUCCCUCGAUAAAGCCUGGAUUUUCCACGGGAAUGCCCAGCAGUGUGAGCAAUUUGAGAAGACUCCCAAUACGUUAGGGCUCAAAAACAUGGCAGGGGUGUUCAUACUCGUUGGAGCGGGAAUUGUGGGUGGUAUUGGGUUGAUAAUAAUUGAGGUGAUUUACAAGAAGCACCAGAUUAAAAAGCAAAAACGAAUGGAAAUUGCCCGGCAUGCGGCAGAUAAAUGGCGUGGAACUAUUGAGAAACGAAAAACCCUCCGAGCAUCAUUAGCAAUGCAGCGGCAAUACAACAUCGGUCUCAAUUCCACACCAGGAACUAUCAGUCUGGCUGUGGAUAAGCAUCCGCGUUUUCCACCUCGAUUGGGUCCUCGGGGCCCGGAAAGAGCCUGGCCCGGGGACUCUGACCUCAUACGGAAUCGUCGCCUCGAGGAGAAGGGCUACAAAGGGCCACCCAAGUACUCCCCCGCCUACACAUCAGACGUGUCCCAUUUGGUCGUGUAACUCUCACGGAUUCUCCGGAGAUUUAUUGAGCAUCAAACCAACGGCUGUAGCCCCUUCUGUCGUGUUCGAUGUUGAGCAAGUACAAAAAAAUCACUUUCUCCCACUUUUGUUCUAGUUUUAUCUAUGCCCUACAUCCCUGAAUAACGCGCUCAUGUAAAUCACAACUCAAAGACACACCAUGUUCCAGAAAAACUGAAUGAAAAAUCUAACAGAAUUAAACAAAAAUUAUUUGUGGUUAAACCUUUAAUUUCUGUUUAUGUGUUUGUUUUUAAUUAAAUUAAAAUUUGUUCUAAUUUGAUUUAAAAUUCUAAAAAUUGAAAAAAUCAAAUCACAAAUGUUGAAAAAGAAUCACAAUUUGUACAAAAUUGGGCCUUAUUUAGCGACCAAGAAAACCCUUGAAAUUCGCUUGAAAUCUUGAAAUUUUAGUUCAAAAUUUAAAGAUUUCAAGGAUUUCUUGGUCGCUAAAAAAGGCCCAUAAAAAACUUUUUUUUUUAAUUUUAAAAGGAGCUCAUUCAUCUCUGUAUGGGAAUAUCUCUCAUUUGAGAAAAUAACCUUAACAAAUAUAUAGAGAAUCAAAGCAAAAGAAAAAGAAAUUUUCAAAAAAAACAUUCUCCACAAGAAAGCCAGCAAAAAUUGGUCAAAAUGUAAAGAAUUACGUCAUAGUUGUUAUUUUUUGUCUUUUCUAAUUCAAAUAAAAAAUAAAUCAACAAUAAUUGAAUGAAAAAAUAAUAAUAAGGAAAUACCUUAAAGACAAAUUAAUGCAAUAAAGGAAAGCAAUAAAAUUUCUAAAAAAAAAUUGCAGCAGAAAUGUUGGGACAUGGUGUGUGUUAAAAAAUCAUUCAAGUGCACAAAAAUCCGUUGAAUUAAAAUUCCAUUUUUCCCUCCAUCCCUGUGUACGUCAGACGUCAGUAAUAUCUUGAAGAACAAGCAAUAUUAAUGUGUAAUUAUUUUCACAAGUCAAUAGAGCGACAGGAGGGGCGCGGGUACAGCAUUGACCUUCUUUUAGGCCAAAUUUUAGGAAAAUGAAAAAACAAACAUUUUGUAAAUAUAACCCAAGAAAAUGUACCGUUUUUAGAAGGAAAAAAAGGUGGAGAGAAUGCAAACACACAAAUUAAAUGAAAAUCAACUGCCAGAUUUUUUUCGUAAAAAAAAAUACUUGUAGAUAAAAUUAGCCAAGAAAAAAAAUGAGAGAGAUAAAAACCAAAUGAAUUUGUAAAUAGAAAACAUAGACAUUUCUUCCCUUUAAACAAAAAAAAAAUGUGAGGGUGUGGUGUAAUUAUAUAUAACACCAUACCACCUGUAGAAAAUUGCUGUAAAAUGUAACAAAAGAACGAUGAACGGUAUUUAAGCAGAAAGAAAAUGAUAUAUAUUUUUUGAAAUACAAACUAUUAGUCUUAUAUGGAAGGCCUAUAAGUUAAUUAUUGAAAUCAAUGCAUAUUAUUUUGCUAUAGUGUCAUAGGGGUGCGAAGGUAGAAUAAAGAAAUGAAGAAAAUAAUGUAAAACACCAACAUUUAACUCAAUUAAAAAAUCAUCGCGUCUUGUGACUCAUUUUUUGAGGUAUAGAAUUAAAUUGCAAGAAAAACAAUUGAUUGGGGAAUCGCGAAGGAAAAAAUUAUUUAAAACAAAAAAAAACAUAGAAAUUAUAUUAAAAAAAAUGUUGAGAAAAGAAUAAUUUAUAUUAGGGCAAAACACAUGAGAUUUUUGAAUAUUUUCUCUUAUAUUACAAUACCGAUGUAUUAACAAAAAACAGGUAAAAGGAUGUUUUUAAACAUAAAGAAAAAAAAAUUAAAGUUACUAAGAAAUAAUAAAAAAAAGAAACAUUUUUAAUCGGGGAUUUUGAUGAAGGCGCUAAUGAAUAGUAUUUGAAAAAAAAAGAAAAAGAGUUGGUAAUAAAGAGAAACUGAGAGGGGAGUUAAACCCACCAACGUGAAAAAAACUUUAAUUAUUAUGGUGCACACUAUAUAGGUCGAUGAGAAAAAUAUUUAAACAAAAAAAGUUGUAAUUGGUCCCUUCUACCGAGAAAAAAUAACACCACCUCUUUGUAAUAAAAAUAAAUUUAAAAA